GAAUUAUGUCGAUAAAGUGUGUUGAUAAGAUGACUUCAGAUCGAUAACGUGUGAUGUUGAUUUUUAAAAACCCUUUUAAAACUCUUGUAAAUCCGUUGAAAAGUCUAAUUAAGUGUGUUUCUUUAACAGAUGGCAUCAACUGAUUUUGAACCCCUUGCACUACCAGAACCAACAUAUGGUAUGGGUUUAGAACCAAUUGUUGGAGCAAACAUAUGUCAACAUUCGGACUUAAGCCUAGUUGCCAAAGUUAAACAUACAUUAGGAAAAGCAUCUUUCACGAAGCUUCAAUCUUCCUUCCUUGGGCACAUCAUCAAUCUUUCUGCCAGAGACAUUGGAUUUUCUGGGAAAAUAUUCCACUACUUGAUGCUGAGAAGGCUGAAGACAAGAGGGAGAAACUUAUGGUUUACAGUCGACAUGCAACCUCUUCGGUUUUCCAUGAGAGAGUUCUUCCUUACAACAGGGAUUCAAUGCGAACCUAUUCAUAGAGAACCAAGGAAUAACGGAAAAGAUCCAAUUAGUGAACCAUAUUCUUGGGCGGUGAGAGGAGAUUACACUUUAACUCAACUUCAAUAUCGACUAUUUAAUGAACCAGAAGAGGGUGAAGAACCUUUGGAUGACAAGGAAAAGGAAUGCCUCGCUGCAGUGGUAUUAACAGAAGGUAUUUUGAUGACACCAAAUUCAACAGAGAAGAUACCUCUGUCUAGGCUGAAGCAUGCAUCAGAUUUCGAGAUGUAUACAGCCCAACCAUGGGGCAAGGAAGCGUAUAACAUUCUCGCCACAUGCAUUCAGAAAUUCGAUAAAAAUACUUGGUUCAAAGGUCAGUAUAGUGUCAAGGGAUUUCCCAUGGCAUUAUAUAUAUGGGCCUUGAGUGCUGUUCCAAUUUUUGGUGAUAAAUUUGCGAUAAGAUGUAAUUUUUCAAGAACAUUCUAUCCACUGAUUCUCAAUUGGCAAUCAAGUCGUUAUGCAAGGUUUGAUGAUGUUGUUGAAGCUAUUAAGACAGCAACUUGUGUUGAAGUCAAAACAAUAAUUGGAGAUCCAGAAGAAUAUAAGCAUUUGGUUGAUAAAGAUGACAAUGAUUUUGAAGAAGUUAUUGGCUUGGUUAUGAAAGGCUAUAGGUUGAAGAAAGAAGAAUGGUCUACAAGAUUAGUUGAUAUUUACUGUGCUUUGGGAGAGUUGGGUGACAAAAUGGGGGAAAAAUUGCCAGACUUUGAGAAACAAGAGAAAAUGGAGAAAAAUUUGUCAGAUUCAGAAAAACUUGACAUAAUCCUCUUUAUGUUAGAUGACUUCAACAAAAGACUAGAAGCCAUUGAAGAAGCUGUCAAAACCACAUCAGGGAAAGAUAAGGAUAAAGGAUCUCACGAAGAUGAAGAUGGACAGAAUAGAAAUGAAGAGGUUAUAAAUGAAGAGGCUGGCAAACAAAAUGUUGAUGGAGAUAUUGCUAGAGAAGAUUUCGUAGAAAGCCAGUCUGCAGAUUCUGUCCGUCCAUCAAACACACAAGAUGGGAGCUACGCUGCAGAUGAUGAAAACACUCAAAAAACUGGUGGUGAUGAUGGUAAUUACUUUGAAGAAACACCAAAGGAUAAAUCUCCUUCUCCACGCCCUUCUACACCAAAAUUUGAUCUUCUUUCUGAAGAAGAUGAGGAUAGUGGAAAAGAUAAAAGCAUUGAUAAAGAGAAGGGAGCAAGCAGUAAGAAGAGAGUUUUGAGAGAGAGAAAACAGAGAAAGUGUAAGCAAAGCAAUGAUGGUGAUGAUGAUGUUAUGAACAGAAAAGAGAGGAAGAAGCGUAAACCAAGUGACAACCCAGAUGCUGAUAUUCAAGCUAGAGAAGGGUAUCUUUGGCAAGGGAAUAAGUGGGAAAAAGUCUAUGCCAUGGAUUUGAUUACUAAAGAAGAUGUAAAAAAAGUAACAAGGAAGGCAAUAUUACUUCUUCAUCCUGACAAAAUUCCUAAAGAUGUUACUCCACAAAUGAGAUACCUUGGUACCAGAAUGUUUACAAAAUUAAAGGAGUACAAGGACAAAUACGUAGGUUAA